CUCGCUGUCCGUCAAACGUGCUCGCCUCUGAUUGGUCAAAUGAAGAGCGGAAGUUGUUGUUUUCACGACUCUGGUUUACGGCAAACAGCCGCGACGAGAGAAACGCUGAUUAUCUGCGGGAACAAACGACACAAAUCAGAGAUGAUUGAGGUGGUUUGUAAUGAUCGUCUGGGGAAGAAGGUUCGAGUCAAAUGCAAUCAGGAGGACACGAUCGGAGACCUGAAGAAGCUGAUCGCAGCACAGACCGGCACACGCUGGGACAAGAUCGUGCUCAAGAAAUGGUACACCAUAUUCAAGGACCACGUGUCACUGGGAGACUAUGAAAUCCAUGACGGCAUGAACCUCGAGCUCUAUUACCAGUAGAAGCACACACACACACACACACACACCACACAAACAAACACACACACACUCACACACCACACAAACAAACUCACACACACACACAAUCACACUCACACACCACACAAACAAACAGACACACACACACACACAGAGAUUGUGGAGCGAGUCGCUUUCAUCAUGUCUCGAGGCAUCAGAAUAUGUGUUCAGUUGAAUUGUUUUGAUAUUGUUUGGAAAUAAAACUCAUUUAUGUGCA